UUCGCUAACCCUAAUCCUAGGAGAGGAGAGGUGGGAAGAUGACGACGCGCUUCAAGAAGAACCGGAAGAAGCGUGGGCAUGUGAGCGCCGGCCAUGGCCGGAUCGGGAAGCACCGGAAGCACCCCGGUGGCCGCGGUAACGCCGGAGGGAUGCACCACCACCGGAUCCUCUUCGACAAGUACCACCCAGGGUACUUCGGUAAGGUUGGCAUGCGGUACUUCCACCGCCUCCGUAACAAAUUCUACUGCCCCACCGUCAACGUCGACCGCCUCUGGUCCCUCGUACCUGACGACGUCAAGGAGACCGCCGCGGCCGCCGCCGGUAGCUCUGCCCCGAUGAUCGACGUCACUCAGUUCGGGUACUUCAAGGUGCUCGGCAAGGGGAUGAUGCCCCCCUCCUUCCCCGUUGUCGUGAAGGCCAAGCUCGUGUCCAAGAUCGCCGAGAAGAAAAUCAAGGCCGCCGGCGGCGCCGUCGUGCUCACCGCCUAAUGGUGAGGCGACACACGAGCAGUCACAAAUCCAGAAGUUUUUUUUGGGAUACACGGCAAUGUAACACUUCGGAUCACUACGGGGUUUCACUCUCACCUGCCUAAGCUCAAGCGGCUGAAUUCAACGUGUCAGUGAUCUUUGCGGGGCGGUAUUCUUUUCUCGCGAGAUGGCAUCCGAAGCACACGGUUCGUGUGAAUAAGGGUCCGUGGACUCGCCCUUACGUAUACGCCCACUCUCUCUGUCACACAUCCAAACAUCAGUGGUUUUUUUUCCUUUUUGAUGCAGUGUUUUAGUGAUGCCUGGUUGUUGGUCCAAUCUUCUGCAACUUGCGCAAAAUCUUGUAAAUUAUACAAAUUCUUUUCUGCCAACAACUGUUUAGUUUAAUUGUAUGCACAGGAACAUAUCUCAUGCUGCAGUUGCUGUAUUAGGAUGA